AUGAAUAUUACAGGUGUAUCAAAUAUUAUAGUUGUACAUAUCAUAUCAUUCUUGGACCCGAUUGAUAGUAUAUGUUUAACACUAACAAGCAAAUCCUUUUACUACAAGAGAGAACAGUUCCUAGCCAAUGCAUUUCAGUUUAGUAACAAGUUUCUCAGAGAUCAUGGAUGCACUCAAAAGUCUAUCUCUAAUCUGAUGAAAAUGAUCGAGAAGGAUAGAUUUAAACAAUUUAAUUUAAAAUCAUUCAAUGAUAGUAUCAUCAGAUCAAUUAAAAAUCAAUUACCAUCCAUUCACAAUGAAUUGAUUGUAUUGGUUAAUAGUCAAGUUGACCCAAUUAAAGAUAAUGAUAUUUCAAGAGUUAUUGUAAGAACAAAGGAUGGUGUAAAGGAUCCGAUAGAUCUAUCGUUUCUCCCACCGUCUGCCACCAACUUGGUGUAUGAUUGCAAACGACCUAUAGUAGUUGGAUCGAUUCCAUCAACCAUUAAAAAACUUGAAUUUGGCACAUAUCAUAACAAAGCAAUCAACAAUCCCUCACUCAUCCCAUCGUCAGUGACCGAUCUGAUUCUUUCCAAUUCUGUAGUGUCACCCGGUGCCAUUCCAUCAAGUGUCACCACUUUGGCAUUUGGAGCCAGAUUUACUCAUGAUUUAGAACCAGGGUCUGUCCCACCCAAUCUAAAAUCACUAAAGUACUUUCGCAGCGACUCUAGCGACCCAAUCCCUAGAGGUGUGGUGCCAGACACUGUACGUGUCAUUGAAGGUAUCGGGUUGGAUCAUUUAGCGGAAUACCCACCCUACUUGGAGAAACUAAUUAGUUCGACUGAGCGCUUUAUCAGUUCCCCACCCUUCCCCACCUCACUCACUCAUCUCGAUAUUACAGAUUGGAGAACAGAGCCACACGAACAAUGGAGAAAAAUGAUUGUAACUACACAAAUCACUCAUUUUAAAGUUUACAACUAUGAACAUCAUAUGGAUAGUUUACCACCAAACCUUACUCAUUUAUAUAUUAGAUAUGAAAAAAUGAAUAAUCCAAAAGUUAUAUUUCCAAAAACAUUAAAAAGUUUAAGUGUAUUUAGAUUUGAUAUACCAAUUUAUGUUGGAUUGUUUCCAGAUAACUUAGAAAGUUUUACAUUCAGUGAUUCUUGUUGGCUGUUGCAAAAAGAUAUGCCAGCAGAGAUACUACCUCGAUCAUGUAAAUUAAUAUCAAAUAAUAUGUUUGGAUAUUCACACAAUUUGGAAUGGAUUGCUAAAAAUCAGCGAUCAUUUAGCAUUAGAUGGAAUUACCUAAAGGAAAAGAUUGAUUUUAGAUUCAUUGGCAAUGAUGAUGACACUGUCGUCUUUAUUGGUCAACAUUACUUUUUUGGAGGUAUCUCUACCAUUUCCAAACUAAGAAAGAUUGAAAAAGAAGGAUCACAAUUCCAAUUAUUUAACAAGAUUAUGCAUGCUGAAUUUAAUUCAAUGUUUGGUAGAGAAAAAUAUAAUGUUGAUGAUUUCUUUUAA